CAGUUCUCUGUCUUAUUUGAACUUUAAACUGUUGUACGUAUAUCAGCUGGUCACCGGCAUUUUAUCUCAACAUUCUAUUUAGUGUUAACCAGUUGGAAGCGUGUGUGUAACAUAAUGGCACUAAAGUUACUGUCCAGAAACACGUUCAACCAAUUUACUCGCUGUUUUUCUGCAGUUGCGAAAAAUAUGGAGAAACACGGCGUUGUCCCCGAUGUCAUUGAUGCAGCUCCAAGUGCUGUUGCUGAGGUAACCUACCCGAGCGGUGCCAAAGUUGACCUCGGUAAUGAAUUGACUCCUACUGCGGUUAAAGAUAUUCCAACUAUUAAAUGGAACGCUGAGAGCGACGCCUUGUACACAGUCUGCAUGACAGAUCCGGACGCCCCGAGCCGCAAGGAACCAACUUAUAGAGAAUGGCACCACUGGCUGGUUGGAAACAUUCCUGGUGGAGAUGUAAGCAAGGGAGAAACCCUCUCCGCUUACAUCGGCUCCGGACCACCGCAAGGCACUGGACUCCAUCGCUACGUCUUCCUGGUUUACAAGCAAAGCGGCAAGAUCAACUUCGAUGAAAAGAGAUUGCCCAACAACUCUGGCGAUGGAAGAGGCUGCUUCUCCAUCAGGAAGUUCGCCGCCAAGUACAAUUUGGGACAACCUAUCGCUGGCAACUUGUAUCAAGCUGAGUGGGACGACUACGUUCCAAUUUUGUACAAACAAUUGGGGGAAUAAGCGUCUGAACUGAUAUUUUUAUUAAGUUUUUCUAUUAUACUUGUUAGAAUGUCCUUAUGUAGUGUUGAAAGCUACUAAAUAUACAUUUUCUAAGCAUA